CCAUAAUGGAUGAGUUGUCAAGAUAUUAGUGUUUUUGGGCUGGAGAAAAUUGCUACAAACUGGCCAAUUUUCCUCUUCAAUUCCCUCAAGAGUGACUCGAGUGGUCAGAUAAAGUCCCCAAUGAGACUGUGGGAGUGAUUAUGAAAAUGACAUAUGUGUUCAGUGGCGAAAUUGUGCAUCUCAAUGUUGGUGGAACAAAGUUUGCGACGUCCCGGCAGACUCUCACUUGGAUCCCAGAUACUUUUUUCACGGCACUGCUGAGCGGACGAAUCGCUAGCCUGAAGGAUGACACGGGGGCGAUUUUCAUCGAUAGGGAUCCGAGCCUCUUUGGCUUUGUUCUCAACUACCUCCGGACGCGAGAGGUGGAUAUCAGGAACCAUGACAUACGGAUGCUGAGACAUGAGGCGGAGUACUAUAAUAUCUCGCCACUGGUGAAGAGACUUAUGCUGUGCGAGGAUCUUGGGCACUCUUCCUGCGGAGACCUUCUAUUCUAUGGCUAUCUUCCGGCGCCUAGUAUUCCCAUCCAGGAGUUCACACCGCCCCCAUCAAGCUCCACCGCUUCCACGAUGUCCCUGGGAAAGAACACAUCGAGCUCAACAUCAACUGUGACCACGAGCAACACUCAGGCGCGUCCGGGAAGCAUGGUGAGAGUACCAGAGUUCCAAAACACGAGUGGGAGCGGGAACGGGGUCAGUGGGAAUGGAAGUCGUCUGGCGGGUCACUCGAGAAAUUCUUCGCUAGACCUCAGAAUGCGCAAUGGACAGUCCUGGGCCACGAAUCACUCCCGGACGGCCUCGCUGGAUCUCAGGCACUCACGGAACUCCUCAGCGGAUCUCACGAAGGCGAUCAGGAGCGAUGUGGGACUGGUGUUCAGUGCCAACCAAGUAUCCGGAUGGAUGGAUCCGAUGCGAGUGCAAAUCAUCAAAGCUCAUCUCAACUGGAUCUCCGUGGCGUACGCUCACUUUGUCACCUGCUACAGAUUGAAGGACUCGUCUGGAUGGCAACUCGUCUUCACGUCACCCUAUAUAGAGUCGGCCAUCGAGAGGAUCGCUAUUAAUGCCAAAGUCAACGUCUCGACGUCUGGAGAGCAGACGCAAAGCAAGAUGGUGGCGAUCAGCUAUGGCUCACAGAUCCGCCUGUGGGGAAUCUCUGAGGACGGCGCCAAGACUGAGGUGGGAACGUUUAAUCUGAAGGUGCGCGUGGAAUAUCUGUUCUUCAUAGGGAGCCAAUUGGUGGCCCUGUCGUCGUCUGGCAAAAUUGGGGUGUGGCACGCGAUGACACAGCACUGGCAAAUACAGGAUCUGGUGCCAAUUCUCUCCUUUGACACAGCUGGAUCCUUUCUACUUCUGGGAUGCAACAAUGGAUCGAUUUACUACAUUGACAUGCAAAAGUUUCCUCUACGAAUGAAGGACAAUGAUCUCCUUGUGACGGAACUGUACAAGGAUCCCUCGAAUGAUCACAUCACGGCGAUUUCUGUGUAUCUCACACCAAAGACUACAACACCGGAUAGGGGAAGAGAAGGCUUAUGUGGCAACUGGAUUGAGAUUGCGUAUGGCACGAAGUCGGGCUCUGUGCGCGUGAUUGUGCAGCAUCCAGAGACAGUUGGACAUGGACCGCAGCUCUUCCAGACGUUCACGGUGCACCAGAGCGCCGUGACGAAGGUGACGCUGUCGGAGAAGUACUUGAUUUCCGUGUGCAGUGAGUACAAUCACGUGCGCACAUGGCGAGUUACGCGCUUCCGUGGGAUGAUCUCCACUCAGCCGGGCUCCACGCCGGAGGCGUCCUUCAAGAUUGUGUCACUGGAGGCGGCGGACAGCAACUACAGCUACGCGGCGGGCAACGAUUUUGGGCCAUUUGGCGAGCAAGACGACGAGCAGGUGUUCGUGCAGAAAGUCGUGCCGGACACUGAUCAGCUGUACGUGCGUCUGGCCUCAAAUGGGGAUCGCGUGUGCGUGAUAAAAUCCGUGGACUCCACGACGAUCACGUCGUUUUGUGUGCACGAGUGCGAGGGAUCCUCGCGGAUGGGCUCCAGGCCGAGGCGAUUCAUUCUGUCGGGGCACUGCAACGGAGCUAUACAGAUGUGGGAUCUCACCACGGGCCUCGAUCUCGCUGCCAAAGGAGAGAAGACGCAGCAGAUGAGCGGCGGACCGAAUGCGGAGGAGUUGCUACGGCUGUUGGAUCAGUGUGAGCUGAGCAACAGCUACGCCUCCACGCCCUGCAUGUCUCCGUGUCCGGCCAACAUUCCAUCGGCCAGGCUCAAGUCGGCAAAUCUGGCAUUCCUCAAUCAAUCCGACUCCGGCGCUUCCCAAUGAACUCAACGGUUCUCAUUCGGUCAAUUGAUUUAUUAUCAAGUGUACGUUUAAGACACAUUUUCUUUGUUCAUCGAGCAUUAAGUAUCAAGAAAGGGGGCUCUCGCGCGAGGGCGCUCCUAGGAGGCUGUUUCAAUGUAAAAUGCAUGUAAUCCAGAGGAGUUCUAGAGGCCAGUUUCCAGGCAAGACUAGAGAUUUAUGUGAAUUAGGAAGUGUGCUAAGCAUUCGAAAGGACAACUUCGCCAGCAGAUUUCUCCUCGGGAUCAUAAGAAAUUCCACUUGUAUAACGUAUGGCAAUCUUUAUCAUAUCCCACCUCCUGGAGCGACAUCCCCUUGCAAAUUUAGGCCCGGAUGGCGUCCCUUUUCACGUUUCAAUUGUGACUAUAUUUACAGAAAAAAGUGUAAUAAUAAUAAAAACGUUAUUCAAAGGUGGCAAAA